AUGCAUUGCAAUCGUAAUUUGCUUGAAAGAGCGAUGAAUACACAACGAGAAAUUUAUAGAAAGCAAAUAGGACGUAACUUGCUGAAAACACGGUUACGAAUCAAUGCGCCGUCAGCUGUUUUUAUAACUCCUGCCAGAUUACCGGGAUACAGGUUGGAUUUCGAUAACUAUUCUCCGAAUUGGCGGGGUGCGCCAGCAACCAUUGCUGCAAUUCCUAAGAGUGAGGUUUGGGGCGCACUGUGGCUUCUGAAUUAUAGCGAAAUGGGUGCACUGGAUGAGCAAGAAGGUCUGAAGGAUGGCCUAUAUGAAGCGAUAGACGUCAAAGUAUUAAAUCUCAACAAUCAUGUAAUAACAGCUAGGUCAUAUAAAAUGACUAGUGAUCCACCAAAAGUGCACCCCGAAGUAUUACCACUACAAAGAAGACCCAGCAACACGUAUAUACAGGUAAUAGCUUUAGGAGCUUACCAAUGCGGGAUACCGUCUUACUACAUAGAGUUCAUCUACAGAUUCCCAACAAAUGGUCGCACUGCCACUGACAAACUCAGCCAGGAGCUCGGUUAUCCCUUUAAUGAAAAUAUACAAAUAAGUUUGAAGUACUUUUUUGUUUUCUUGAAAAAUAACAACGGUCCUUUUAUAACCUCUUUCGGCACCACCCGGUAUUUGUGCUAA